AAAACGGAAAAUCACCAUAGAAAACAGAUAAAGUCUGUUUGCGACGAGCUGCAAAUGCAAUAUGGAGUCUUGCAACUCCCACGCGUCUUCUUGUGUUGACAAUUCCAUUCUAUUAUCAAUUCGUUUUCGUUUGAUUUGACUGCUGUGUCACAUCAAAUCGUUCAUAACCUUGAAAUUGCAAACACAAUGGAGUUCGUACGUCACCAGAGGCGAAAAUUGACUUGCAUUUCCGCGUUAGAAUUCCCAAACAUACACUACUUCAACUGCAUCUGCGUUGAAUUUGGCAGGGGUGAGAGAUGUCGACGAUCUACGACAAUUGGGAGAAACUGGUGGCUGCUAUUCUGAAGAAGGAGCAGCUUUGGCAGUUAUUCAAUUCCGAUUCAGCCAGCAUCAGCUCUGAUUCAUCCGGCUUCAGUUUCUGCAAAUUGACCUCUUCACUUGACGACGUCUUUGCCGCCAAAUCUCUUCCGAGGAUUCAUGUCGAGGAACCUAUCAAAAAUGUUAGUACUACUUCAAAACCAGCGAGGAAACGGGAUUUAAAGGUUCAAGUGCCGGAAUUUCGAUUUCAAGAUGUUGGUUAUAGUAUCUCAGAAUGUCACUGGAGAGUUAGUCCAAGGACGGCGAGUCCUAGCGUUAGCCCAAGAAGUGGAGGGUUGCAUUCUAGUGUGUCAGAGACGAAGCAACAAAGUUAUCCAUUGCCUCUUCCUCCAGGUGCAACGUCCAGAUCUCCACCUGUGUCUCCGACAAAGCCACCUGCAAAAUCGCCUCCAUGUACUCCUAAAAGAGAUGAGAGUGUUAAGAGCACUUGGAAAAAGGGGAAGUUGAUUGCUAGAAGCACAAUAGGAAACGUAUAUCUUGGUUUUAAUAGUGAAAAAGGUGAAAUGUGUGCUAUGAAGGAGGCUCAUUUGUUGCCUAAUGCAGAUGUGAGGCAAGAUGCACGGAUGAUGGAAAAAGAUAUUGCUCUCUUGAGCCGCAUGAAGCACCCAAACAUUGUGCAGUAUUUUGGAUCUGAAGUGGUAGGUGAUUACUUCUAUUUAUAUUCAGAAUACGUAUCUGGUGGCUCAAUCCAUGCGAUUCUCCAAGAAUAUGGAAAAUUAGGAGAAUCGGCAAUACGAAACUAUACUCAGCAGAUUUUAGCAGGGCUAGCAUACUUGCACUCCGAACAUAUUGUACACGGGAAUAUCAAAGCGGCCUCCAUACUUGUGGAUCCAAAAGGCACAGCUAAGUUGUCCAACUUCAUCAUUGAAAUGGAUAUUGUCGGGAGAACCAAUUCAUCAUCUCUUAUGGAUAGCCCUUAUUGGAUGGCACCUGAGGUUAUUAUGAACUCAAAUGUGCGUAAACCAGCUAGCGAUAUAUGGAGUCUUGGAUGCACUGUUCUGGAGAUGGCUACAUCAAAGCCACCUCUAAGCCAAUACAAAGGGGUCAUAGCCAUGUUCAAGGUUUCAUGUCAAAAUGAGCCUCCAACAAUUCCGGAUCACCUCUCAGAUGUAUGUAAGGACUUCCUGAGGUGUUGCUUGCAGUUGAAUCCCCUACAUCGUGCUAGGGCUUCUCAACUCUUGGAGCACCCUUUUGUGAAAAGUUCAUCUCCCUUAAGAAAACAUAUGUUGGCUUCUCCGUAUUCAGGCCAUCCUAUGGUCACAAAUGCUGUGAAGUCGGAGGACAGUAAUUGUGGUAGAAGUCUACAUCUGUUGGAUUCAGGGAAAGUUGUUCUACACUCCUCCACGGCCAGUUUUCGGUCGAGUGAUAUCUAUACUCCAAGGUAUGUUUCCGCCCCUGUCUCUCCAGUUGGGAGUCCACUAUUGCAUCCAACAUCACCUCAGCAAUUUAAACAACUGAAGUCUCCUCCUAUGGUCACAAAUGCUAUGAAGUCGGAGGAUAGUGAUUGUGUUAGAAGCCAUCAUCUGUUCGAUUCAGGGAAAGUUGUUCUCCACUCCUCCACCCAGUCGAGUGAUAUCUAUACUCCACGGUAUGUUUCGGCCCCUGUCUCUCCGGUUGGGAGUCCACUUUUGCAAUCAACAUCACCUCAACAGUUUACACAACCUACGUCUCCUCCUGCCAAAUCCAGCCCAUCCAUGGCAAUGAUCCAGCCUCCUCCUCUUCAUCAAACGACGCGGUUGAAACAAGGCGAUACUUCUUCAAAGCCCCCCUCUUAUUGGGACCCCAACAUUCUCCAAGCAGUGUUUAAAUUCUCAUGAUUCCAAGGAACUGGCAUCUCUUAGAAUAUCUUAGAAACUCAAGAUUCAUAUAAGAGGAAACAUGGUCUCAAGAUAUAGGGUAAAUGCAUAUGUAGCACUUGUUUGAGGAAAUGACAUUAGACAUAGUAGUUACUAAUUGAUUUUGUUGUGAGAUGAUUGAUAAUAAAUCUUAAAAGCCCUAGGCAGAUAAA